AUGCCUACGAGUUCACCGACAAUGAUUUUGAACUCGCCCAAGCCCAAGCGCAGCGCUUCAGAAGAAUCCGAUAGCUACAGCCCUUCUAUAUCAUCUCCAUCUAGCGUUUCGGCUCCUAGCCUACCAGAAGUGAAGCUUCGCGAGGAAGAAGAGUUCGGGAGAUAUAGUCCUCGAGCCGCCGUUGCUGGUCGCCUAGGGCAGCUGGCCAUACGUGGGGACCACUUUCCGACACCGCAAUUUCUGAAUGGUAAUAUAAGCCAGUCACCACUUGUGCACUACGCAGAGUCGGGAUGUUGGGCUACUUCCUAUAACAGUUCUUAUGAUAUGUCCGAGUCGAACCCAGCGACAGAAACCAACACUGUCGCCAGUGGGCCUUCUGAAGCAAUUAUCGAUAAUCGGAGCAAUGCUACACCAACUCCGUCUCCCAAGAAACAGACAGCACAAAGCCCUCGCAAGAGACGAACCCCCACAAAAACACAACGACCACGUAAGAAGUCACCGCCACCCACUAGCAGUGCAGCUAACGACUCGCUUACAUGGCACGACUCCGAGAUAACCGGGCAUGAUCCAAGUGAUCCGAACGACGAUGGAUAUGGUAUCAAUGGAAUAGGCUUUAAACCGACAGCGGCAAUGGCCUGGUCCAGAUCACAGAAGAGGCAGAAGCAGCUUGCGGAAUGGAAGAGUCGUGAGGCAAGGGAAGCGCGAGAAAAAAGAAGGGAAAAACGAGACGCUGUUGGUUUCGAAAAGCUACGGACUAUCCAGUCGGGCGCCAUUCAGAAGAGAGUCAAAUUUGACGUCUGA